UUCAGUUUUCGUAAAAUAUGACACAUCAUUGAUGACACAUGGGGCAUAACAUGUGCCACACAAAUCCCUUAAAAACAUCGUUGGCUGUGUACUAAAUGGUGUGUGACCUAAUGAGCUCUGACGACAGACAGAAAUGAAUGACGAUGCCGCCGUAAUGCUACGCGACUGUUUUCCAGAUGGACCGGCAAGUGCUGUCGCAAUCGCAGCCACGCACUGGUCACGAUCAUGGCCGUGGCGGUUGCCUUGCUCAUCUGCCUGUUGGUUGCCGAGCUGUUGGUUUACUUCCACGGUACCGUGUCGGGUUCCGGAGUGCAGGCGCCGGGCGCUGUCCCAACCUCCGGGGACGACUCAGCGGCCAGGUAUCCCGUCGGUGCGGCCGACGACAACCACGGGGACUACCUGAUGCCCGCACCGAGAGGCACGAGGAAUCAUGGCGUACCAGAGGUUGUCGCGGAUUCUCGGCACCGUGGGCUGGACGAGGUGACCGCAAGCAGUGACCACGAGACAUCGACGAUGCAUGACACCGCGCACGUUCAGACUGGUGGCGUCGGUAGUUUCCGAGCAAACGGCAUAGCGGUCCUACGCGAAUCGGCAAAGCCUGCGUGCGAAGAACCUGUCUUCAGAUUCUGCUCUGGUGGGCCACCAGAAGUUUACUACAACGACACCAGUCACGCCUGCGUGGAGCUCACUCACGAGGUACCAGGCCUGUGCAACCGCGGCCGAAAUCGAUUCACGUCAAUGGAAAGUUGCCGGCAUGAGUGCAUGGACGGUAAACCACCCGCUGCGGAAUGCUAUCAAAAGACCGUCUUCGCAGAGUGCCAGGCGCGAGACGUCGUGGACAGCUGGUGGUGGUACCUGGAGGGCAAAGGGUGUCGCCGGUGGAGGUUUCCUCGGGGUCGCUGUCCGUCUCCGAAAGCGGACGUGUUUCGCACUUCCCUGGAGUGCGUGCGAAGAUGCGCCGACGAACCUGGCAGACGACGUGGACCUUGCCGUGUGCCGGCAACCGUCCUAUGCGACGCACAGCAGCUGCGGUUCGGGGUUUUUGCCGACGAGGCCACAGACGGCUCCGGAGCCCGGCUCUGCCGCGAGGUACCUUCUGCCAGCGACCACCACGCGCGUCAGCAAUGCCUGGUCGGCGCCAACAGGUUCCCGACCAUGGAGGCUUGCCGGAAGGCCUGCUUGCGCGCUUUUCCCUAGAACCUGCCUGUACACGCAAU